AUGCCUAAGGUUUCCACCCUCAGCAUCUUCAAACUCAUCACUCUACGACGAAAACACGACCUAUUGCCACUGAAGGACGAUAAUGUGGAUGACACCAAACUGCCAGAGCCCCACAAACCUGGCAGGUUUGCAGGAUGGAAGGGGACACUAUAUCUCGGCUCCAUCGCCGCCUUUACAGCCCUGAUCCUCAACCUGAUCAUGGUCUGCUGGGCUUCAACGCGCCCGCGACAUUCAGACGAGGGCGGGUCGGUCCUAUAUGCAGGCGACUGUAAUCAAACGAAGCAUAUCAGCACGGGCAUCCAUCUUGUGAUCAAUAUACUGAGUACCGGGUUGUUGAGUGCGAGUAAUUAUGCGAUGCAAUGUCUAAGUGCGCCAACCCGACAGGACGUGGACCGCGCCCACGCGAAGAACAAGUGGCUCGAUAUCGGUGUACCAAGCGCACGGAAUCUCGUUAGCAUACCGACGCUGCGAUCGAUGCUCUGGUUGUGUCUUGUUGCUUCCUCUGUGCCGCUGCAUCUAUUUUACAACUCGACGGUCUACUCCACGAUAUCUGCAAACGGAUACGAUGUCUUUGUUGCGAACUCGAGCUUUACCUCCCUCACGCCCUCCGAUGUAUCGACAGUCUAUGACCAAGAGGGAAUGAAAUGGGAUGGGAACGGUUACGUCUCCGCGAUGAGCAUCAUGUCGUGGGCACAGGCCGGGAACCUGACGCGGAUGACGCCCGAGGAAUGUAUCUCGGCGUAUGCGACAUCGUGGCAAUCCAAGCACGGCAGUGUAGCUCUCAUCAGCAGCGCAUUCAACGGCUCGAUGUCUGCCAUCCAGCUCCUUGAACGGCAAUUGGCGCCCUGGGUCGGUGAUAGCGAAGAGGAUCCCUUUGGGUGGAUAUGCGAUGAACAGCCGAGCCUUACCGGGACUCCAGCUCCAGACCACCGCUGCCAAUACUACGUCGGUGAAGUGAAGUCCAAAGCUGGCUCAAGCUGGGUGGUCAGGGGGUACGAGGUUGAGUAUUGUCUCGUCCAGAAAACCACGGAGAAAUGUACGUUGGAGUUCAGUCUGCCGUUGGCGAUUGUGGUCAUUACGACGAAUCUGGUCAAGGCUGUCUUGAUCGUCCUGGCGAGUUUUGUCCUGGGUGUAGCUCCGCUGUUGACGGUUGGGGAUGCGAUUGCCUCGUUUCUGAAAGUGCCGGAUGAGUCGACAAGGGGGAGAUGUCUUCUCACGCGAGAUAUGGUUCUAAAGGAGAGACGACGGCUGUUGACGUACCAAUCCUACUCCCCUCCACCAAGCCCCCAAAAAUACAGCUCCAGACGAAGACGCCGAUGGUCCUCCUUAUCCACAGCCCGAUGGAUAUUCGCUAUUUUCACAUCUAUCUCCUCAAUUGCUGUCACCCUCGCCCUCCUAGCCUACGGCUUCCACCGCAUAACCCUCACCUCCUCCACCGACGGCAUCUGGACAUCGGGCCUCGCAGUCGUCGACACCCGCACAAUGAUCAACACAAUAAACUGGCCCUCCAGCCUAAUCAUCAACACGCUCAUCGCCAACACGCCCCAGCUCAUCUUCUCCGCCUUCUACUUCACCCUCAACAGCAUCCUCACAACCAUGGCCCUAUCCACGGAAUGGAACGCCUUCUCCAUAUCCCGCAAAGGACUCCGCGUCUCAACACCACCGCAGGGUUCCCAGCGCACGACGCAUUUUCUUUCCCUGCCAUACCGCUAUAGUAUCCCGCUCCUCGGGGUCUCGGCGAUCCUGCACUGGCUCAUGUCGCAGAGUAUCUUCCUGGUAAGGGUGCUGGCGCGAGACUCGCACAUUGUAAGGUUUGGGAAUCGAGAUACAACAACGAUUGGGUACUCGCCGCCGGCUAUUGUUGCGGGGCUGUGUGUUGGUGUGCUUCUGCCGCUGGGCGUGUUGGGGUUUGGCGCGCGACGGUUCAAGUCGGGUAUGCCUGUUGCCGGAAGCUGUAGUCUUGCUAUUGCGGCUGCUUGUCAUCCUAGGGUGGAGAAGGGAGGCGACGGUAAGGAUGGGCUGGGGAUUGAGUACGCACGGUUGAAAUGGGGUUUUGAGGUUGAGGCUGGGGAGACAGGACACUGCACGUACUCCGCCUCCCCGGUUUAUCUACCUGGGGAUGGCGAGUUGUAUCAAUGA